AUGGUUCCUCGGACUUUCAUAUCUAAGGCAAAGAACCCAAAUAUUGGGGAAUUUACAGAAAAACAUUUCUUUGACAUCUUAAGAGAAUUUGGUGAAAUUAAGAAGGAGCCCAUGUUUGUUAUUCAUUCCUAUAAAUUUAGUGAGUACAUUCCCAUGUGGAUGAGUACUCCCCAGCAGAUGACAAAAACUAAUAUGUCAAAUUGGGUAAUGGGUGAACAUGACUUUGUUAUAGUACAUCAUGUCCAUGGGGUUGUGUUUUUCCAAGUAAAAUCAACAAAAACUUCAGGUGGACAUCAUAAAGCUGACAGUCAGAUUCAAAAAGACAAAGUAUCCUUGGAAAGAUUUUGCCAAAAAAUGAUAGAAGCUGGGAUAAUAUCCAAUAAGCAAGUGGGCAAAAUAUUCGACAAAUUCCCAGCAUUUGUGGUAUUGCCAAAUACUCAGCGAGGUCAGUCACUUUGUGCACAGGACCAUGUACUUUAUCAAGAGGACUGUACCAAUGCAGAAGCAUUUUCUGAAUGGUGGUAUGGCAAAUUUCCAGCCAGUGGAGGACAUUCAAAAAUUGAUCCGACCAUGUAUGAGUACCUGGUUAUGAGGUGAGCAUAAUUUUUUAGGAGUGGUAACUAACCUGUUAAAUUACAUUUUCCCUAUAGAAGUGUACAUUUUCUUAUAGCUUAAUAACAUUAGCACUGAUUUCAGAAUGUUACCUUACUUUAUAGUUCUGACAAUUUAAUAGAAAGGGAGCUGAAUUUUUCAUACGAAACAUUUUACAACUAAAGACAACUUUAUCUGACAACACUUUAUGUCAACACAGAUUAUAGUUUUUUAAAGGGACCUGAUCUGCACAUAUUGAACUAAAACACUGUGUCAAGGAUUUUUUGGUUUCUUACUUUUUGGGAUAAAGUGGCUGCACCUUGCUCAAAAAUGCUAGUCUGAAGAUAAAAUUUGACAAGAUAGAGUUUGAUUGUUAAUUACAUGUGGCUCACUUUCAAUAAUACUGGACAAGAAAUGGGCUUUCCAACCUUUCUAUCCCAUUUGUCUUAGAGACAUUGCAAAAUAAUUGCUUCUUAUUUGAAUGGCUUUUCAAAAUGAAUAAGAAUGGUGUUCAGUAUAUUUUUUUUAAUAAGUUCUUUUGUUUCUGAGUUUUUGUUUUGUGCAAAUGUUAUUCAUUCCACAUUUGUUUUGUGCAAAUGUGGAAUGUCAUGACAUAAAUUGUGAAUUCAAGAGUAAUAAAGAAAUAACUUAAAAGAAUGCAAAUGAUGCAUUCUGUAAACUUUGCACUGAUCAUGAUAUUUGGAGAGCAGAGUAAUUGUUACUACCUAUACACAUUCUUUUUAGGCACUUAAAGUUGAAUUCAUUUUAUGUGUGGACUCUGAUUGAUAUUGAGGAUUGUAGGACAUCUAUAAUUAUCACCAUACAUUGAUACAAGAAUGAGCCACAAGUUACACAAAACAAAUUGUACAUUAACUAUCUAACUGUGCAUGUGAACAAGAAUAUAUGUGAUCGUGUAAUUUUGUACAUUUUUCAAUUAGAUUUGUUGGCAUGGUCCAUGUCAGUCCAUUCAUUGGCCAUUGUGUUGACCGCAUUGGAGAGAUUUUGAUCUUCAAAACAGAAGAACAAGUGAAGUUGCUGGUUGGUCAUUAUCCUCCCAAACUUUGGAUUAGGGGACCAGCUGGAAGUGGCAAGACCAUGCUAUUGCUGGAGAAGGCAAGAUCUUUGUUAAGCUCCAUUGUGGAGCAUAGAAAAGAUGAGAAAAUUCUUGUUGUAUGCUUCAACUCUGCGCUGUGCACGAGGUUACAGUCAAUACUUGAAACCCCAUGGAAAGAAAGUUCUCCUGAGAUAUUAAAAAACUGCCUACAUGUUACAACAUUUACUAGACUUAUUGCUAAUAUUAAUAGCCUUUCCAAAGCUCCUCUAAGCAGAGAGGAGAAAGAGAAGGCUGUUCACAAUGCAAUCUUUAAACUCAUAAGACCACCACGUCCAUCAGAAAGAGGGAUGGUCCCUUUUUUUAGGCGGGUAGAGAAGUCUGUUCAUUCAGCAAUUGAGGCCCUCCCAACCGGUAAUUCACCUUUCUAUGGAAUGUAUGACCACAUUUUGGUAGAUGAAGGUCAAGACUUGUUUGGAAGUGAGUGGCCACAUCUUCUUCAGCUGAUGCACAAGAGCUCUGUUAAGCUAGAAGAUUCGUUGAAGCCUCCAGGCUUUUUCUGGGUAAUGUAUGACUCAAACCAGUACCUGAUUUCCUCUAGAGAAUGGGUUGGAUCGUACCCUGAAUAUCUCCGUAACAGUGCAGAGCUCAAGGAAGUGUUACGCAAUACAGGAUAUAUUUUCAGGCAGUUGGAAAAGUACUUUAAAUCACUUAUGACAACUGAUACUGGCAUUACACUUGGUCAUCAAGUAGAUGGCUUACCAAUCGUUUGGGAUACUUCUCUGGAAAUCCGCGGUGUCAGGGAAGGACACAAAGAAGUUGCCAAGGCAGUCAUUGCUCAUUUGAUACAUCUACGAUUCGAACGUGUUCAAGAAAGGGACAUUUGUAUUCUUGUUGAAUCAGUAGAAGAUAGAAAGUGUCUCAAAGAUGCACUUCGUCGGCAAGGCAUUAUGACGCAAAUUGCAAAAGACUUUGUUGAGAAGAAUUACAACAUGAUUGUGGUGGAAAGUGUAAGGAGCUUCAAGGGCCUUGAAUCUAAAGUGGUCAUCUUGGUUGCUCUUCCAUAUGAAGAUGAUUCAAUGAGCACUAGAUGUACCAGAGAGUUGCUCUAUACUGCUGUAUCCAGGUGUUUUUGUUGUCUCAUUGUUAUAACUACACAGGAUGGUGGCAGGGCUUUAAAGUCAGAGCAAGGGAUGGAAAAUUAAAAAUUAAAAUUUCUAGCCUGGUCACCUUUAGACUCAAAGUUAACAUUUUCAUCACAGCAGAUGCAAACUUUCCCUACAGGUGCUACCUCAGUACUUCAGAGUCUGUUGAGAAAAGACUCAAGACUGAACCUGGGGUUUCUGAUGAAUUGCUCCAUCCCCCAUGGAUGACCAAGUUAACCAGUGUGCAAAGAUGCAAGCCAAGAACAGGGAGCCAUUCCAAUCCCCGAUGGACAUUGAUACAGAAUGACUCGUUAAUUGUAAUCAAUCUAAGCUGUAACAAAGGACCUAGGAGUGUACAUCAAUUGUUAUCUUAACUAUAAUGAGCAUAUUACUAAAAUUGCCUCUGACUGUAUGUUUAAACUAACAAGGGUCUAUAAGAUAGAGCACCUUUUGGAUGAAAGAAACCUGUUGUAUCUUACAAAUGCUUUUGUCUUUUGCAAAUUAUUUUACUUUUGGACAGUUUGGAGCAACACCAGCAAAGAGAAUAUUAGAAAACUUCAGUUAGUCCAGAACUAUGCCUGCAGGAUCGUAACUGGCUUAGAAAAGUAUGAUCAUAUUUCAGAAGCCCUGAAGUCUCUUAAUUGGCUUAAUUUGAAGGGAAAACUGCUCUUCAGCGACUUAGUUAUGGUUUACAAAUGCAUGAACAACUCCUGAGUAUCUUCAUGAGCGAUUUCAACACCAUUCUGAAAUUCACCAAAGAGACACCAGGCAAAAGAACAACCUCUCGUUGCCCAAAUGCAGGAUCUCAUGGGCUUUUGCCUACCGUGGGGUAAAAAUAUUUAACUCUUUACCAAAGGAGAUCAGAAACACAAAAAAGCCUUAACCUUUUUAGAAAUAACAUUUUUUAUAAAUAUAGUAAUUCAUAGAUCAUAAGAUGCUCUUUUAUUAUCAAAUUGUAAGCUGUUUUUAUAAUCUAUGUUUAAUCUGUAAAUAGUUUUUUUUUCCCUUGGUAAUUUGAUAUUUUAAUAUUCAUAUAUAGCAGAAGAGCCCUCAAGGGGGAGCUAUGCAAUAAAGUAUGUAUGUAGUUGUCACACUACCUUUCUGGUGAGGAGGUUAUUUAAGAUGAUCAACUGGUGCAAAUUUUCACUUUUAAGUUGAAAGUUAACCUGUACUUGUAAAAUACAUGCAUUAUUUCUGGCUGUAUGAUUGCCAUUGUGGAGUAAUAUCCAAUGUGUAAGACAAACUUGACAACCAAACUGGUCAAAGGGAAUGAGUUUUAUUAUGUUUUUGAGUUGAGUAACUCAAUACUCUAAGAUGUCAACUAGGUGGUGUCAGACUGUUAUUUAUAAAUGAGAUUUCCAUGGUAGGCAACAGUAUGUUUAACAUUCAAAUCAAUGACGGACUUAAAGAUAUUAAGGAAAGUCAUUUACCCUUUGGAACUGUGAGUAUUGUUGCUACAGGUGACCUCUUUCAACUUCAGCCAUUUAUUGAUGGAUAUAUAUUUAGAUGCUUGGACAAUUUAGAGUAUUCUAUUCUUGCACCCAACCUUUGGUAAGAACAAUUUAGAAUGUUUGAACUGCAUGAAAUUAUGAGGCAAAGAGAAAGUACAAUGUUUUCUCAAAUGCUAGAUAGAUUGAGAGAAGGUAAACUUAAUUGCUAAGAUAGUAUGAAGUUUAAAGAGAGAUUAAUAGAUUCCAAC